AAAGAAUGACCUGAUCACAAACUUGCCUUAGACUCACCAACCGUCAAAGCGAACAACAACGUCGUCGUCCACAAUGUCCGCCGUACGAUUCACCCGCGCUGCCACGCGCGCCACUGCGCAGCUCCGCGCUCCCCUCCAGCGCCGAUUUGCCAGCACCACCGAGAACGAGUUCAUCAAGGAGCGUCAGCACAUCAAGGAGCACGCUGUCGGUACCACUGAGCUGUGGAAGAAGAUCUCCCUCUAUGGUGUCGCCCCCUGCCUUAUCGCCGCCGGUGCCAACGCCUACUGGCUUUGGAACGAGCAUUGGGAGCACUGGAACCACAUGCCUCCUCUGGAGGAGCGCACCGAGUACCCUUACCAGAACAUCCGCACCAAGAACUACCAGUGGGGUAACGGUGACAAGACUCUCUUCUGGAACGACGAGGUCAACUACCACAACAAGGACAAGGCUUCCUAAGUAUGAUCUGUCGACAGCUCAUGCGUUGGACAAUUGCUGGACUACUCCGUCAUGGACUACUCCCUCUGGAGAUACCUUGUACAUGUUCCCUAGACUCGAAUUGACUGAUUGUUGAAAUCUUAA